AUGUCGGCAAAUCCUCCUCCCAAUAAGCGGCUCAAAGUAGCUACUGUUACUGCUCUGGGUUCUCUUUGGGAAACCACAGUAUUUUCCUUUCUGGACACCAAGACGUUGGUAUUCAAAGUCAGGGGAGUGAAUCAAGAGUUCCGUCGAGCAGCUGGAAGCUUGGUGCAGCAACGAAUUUUGGGGCAUGAGUGGAGCCAUACGGCAACCAACAAUGACAUGGAUGAUCAUUUGCGGCAUGUGACAUUGUCCAUUCGGAAUUUGCACACCAAGAACUACAGCACCCAAGAGGAUCUCGUGGGACGUGCUGUACAAACCUGCGAGAAAUGUUGGGAAAGCAAGGGAAUGUCAGACCCUGGUGUCUACGAGUAUCUUCGUUUUAUUACCGAAGAAGAAGAUGAUGAUGAACGAGAGAUUCAGGAUGCGGGUUCGGACGAUUUGGAAUUGAACAAUGAUCUCGUCCGAAACGCACUCCAGGAAAAGGGAGCACUCUUCGCCAACGAGGGGUAUGGCUGGGAGGUGGAGGUUUCAUUCACAUCCAAGCCGAGUGUCUUGGAGGAACUCAUACAAGGAACUCCCUUUGAGAAGAAUCCAUUUUCCAUUGUGGAAUUGGAAGAGGAAGAUUUGAAGGAAAAGGAGGAAGCCAUUUUUCUCGCAAGGUGCAUGAAACUGUUGCUAGAAGCAAAGAUAUCUUCUAGUACAAUGGGUCUAGCCAAGCAAAAAUGCCUCAUCUACCAUCCUGAUUUUGAUGAAGCCAUUGCCUAUUCAGGAACAGAAAAUUGCCUUCAAUUCAUGGUGACAACCGGCGAUGGCGGCAAAGAGGUUCCAUUGGAACUUUUCAUCCGAGGAGAAAUGAGAUCCAGGGAUUAUCUAGACGGCUUUCUGUAG